AGAGUGGAGGAAGAGAGAGAUAAAUAUAUGCGAGAAGGUAUAGACCUAACAGGACGAAUUGAUCUUCUCCUUGAUGAAAUCAGGAACUCAGAAACCCUUUUAAACAAUGCAAGGAAGCAAAUAUCUGAGAAAAAAUCUGAAUUAAAGAAAAAGGAAAAUCUUUAUUAUGCAGUUAGAACAGACAGGGCACACCUUACGCAAGCUGUUACAGAGGCACAGGAUGAGAUUGCCGACCUGAAGGAGAAGAUGAAGGUGUUGACCCAUCAGUUUGAUCAGAUGAAGGAGGAGAUCAUCGCCAAGGAACAAGAUUUGAUCAAGGAAGUAGAAGAUAAACAAAGAAUAUUAAAAGAGAAGGAUAAUUUGAUAAAGGACCUGGAGAAGCUAAGGUUAGAACUCAUCAGCUCAGGGAAAGAAAAACAGGAUCUUGGAAAGGAAAUGAAGAAAAUUCAAGGCAGUAACAAGAAGCUGGAGAUGGAGAAGAUGGCCCUGAAGGGGGAGAUGGAGAAACAGGUGUCCCACAAAGAACUUCUCAACAUAAAACUAGCAGACAAACAAAUAGAGAUUGAUACAUUAAAACGAUCUUGUUCUGUACAACAAAAGGUGCUGGAAAGAGGUGAGGCUAAAUAUGCAGAAAAGAUGGAGGAUAUAAGAAUACUUAAACUAGAAAUUAGAAGACUCAGGGACGAGUUGGAUUUACACUGUAAAGAUGGGGAGGGACUUCAACAGAUGAAAAAGGAACGACUCAUCAAGGACAGAGAACUCUGUGUAUAA